AUUUCUAGACAUCGAAAACCCAGCUGAUUUGUCGUAAUUUAUAGUUAGGUAAUUAGUGAAAAUAGUAACAAUUUGUUAGUUUUAGUAUUUGAAAAAAAUUAAAUUAGUUGACAAAAGUAAUAAUUUAUAUUUGUUUUAAUUAUUUUUUUGAGUUAUUUUCGCCAACGACAUGGAUCCUAUUUUCGAAGAAAUUAUUAAUCCGGAGGAGCUGGCCAGUUUUCGAAAAAAGUUCAUUAAAGAAAAAACGGAAAACCAGCUGACAGCAGAAACCCAGUUUAGCUUUGCUUGGUGCCUUGUUAGAAGCUCAAACAAAUCAGAUGUACAAUUAGGCAUACAGCUUUUGGAACAACUAUACAAACAAUCAAAGGAGGAGAAUGAGAAGAGAGACUACUUGUAUUAUGUGGCAUUUGGAUACACAAGGAUUAAAGAAUAUCAGAAAGCAUUGAAGUUCACAAAAGCCAUGUUAGAAGUGCAACCACAAAACCACCAGGUUCAAAUCCUGCAAGAUUAUAUCAUUAAAAAGGAGAAAAAAGAUGGCCUGAUUGGUAUCGCUGUUAUCGGCGGGGUGGCUGCUGUCGGUGGAAUCGCAUUGGCCGGGCUCGUCGGCCUUGGAAUGGCUUUAUCGAAAAAAUAAAUCAUAACGACGAAAAUAACUUGUUAUAUUAUAGUUUUCAUUAUUAUUAUUUUAUUUAAAUAAUCAUUAUAAUCUUUAAAAUAAAUAACCACAGUAAUUUUAAAAAUAAAUAAUCAUUGUAAUUUUUUAUUUUCCAUCAUUAUUUUACUACUCAUUGAUGAGUUUUGCCAUUUUGUCUCAUUCUAUGGCUGAUAUUCAUUGCAUACAAUACACGGUCAUCAUUAAAUGAUGGUGACUCGACGAAAUUAAUCAACGUUAAUUAUUAUAAUAUUGUUUGUGCUUAUAUUAUGAGUAUAACCACACCAGAUGACCAAAUGACCAUUUUUAAUAGUAGUAGUUGUAGUUCUCAAUCAGAUCAAACUUUUUGUAAUUUUGUUUCUUCCUCAAUGUAUGCAACUAUAAAUUUUUGAUGGCUGAUCUCCAACCCUUCUGUACUAUCUUCAUCUCAUUUUUGUACCAUCUGACUGAAUAACCAAACGCCUGGCCUGAAAGAUACUAAAUAUAAUAAGGAUAACCUCUAGAAGUGGCCGUCGUUUGAUAGUUUUGUAUAUAAAAUAAUUUUUGGAUUUUGUUUAAAAUAUGUAGAAACAUGCAAGCAGGUACACAAACAAUCGCAUAUCAAUUGUUCAUAAACAUCAAAAAACUUUUCAAUUCAGAAAUUUACCAUCCACAUUUUUCACGUUGUGUUUCACAGUGUAAUUAACCAAUAAAUAAUAUAACAAAUAAUAUUUCUUGUUAGUCUUCCAGUACACUGUCCUCUCUCUCUCUUUCUUUCUUUCUUCCUCUCUUUCUCUUUCUUUCUCCCUCUCUCUAUCCUUCUCUCUCCUCUCACACGAACAUACAUAAAUUCGUAUUUGAUUUUAAUUCAUUAUUAAUGUCACGACAAACAUGCACACACACACAAACCAACUAUCACAUUUGUGAAUCUUGAAUAAAAUGACAUUAACAACAAUGACGUUAACAACGGUAUUAUUGUGACAUGUUUCAAUUACGCUAACUUUAUUUACACAUUUCAUUGAUUGAUUGAAUGAACGAAUG